AUGAAAGAGGCCAGUAUUUAUAAAGAAAAACUCUGCUCCAGGAGACUGAUAAUAAUUAAAGAGAUCGAAAAAUUUUUUCAACUUUUUUUUAAACUUCUAGAAGCUAGAAACUUCGAGCGCCAGAAUGGAAAGAUUAGUGGGAUUCCUAACCCGGUUUUAGAUAUGACAUCGAGAGAAGCACAAUCAUCGCAGAUAAAACGAGCUCUCUAUCUGAUCGCAGAUCAGGUGAUCACUCCGUCACAGAGAAUCGAAGCCCACUCUUAUAUCGACGAAUAUACAUGUUAUCCUCCUCCUUUGUUCAUACUUCUCAUCUCCAUUAUUGAGGCUAUGUUCUUCUAUUACUACUGGACAAGUUCGCCAAAGCCAGGUGAAGACCUUCUCACAUUCUGUGCUGGCUGCUUCGUGGACAACCACAUUGGCCCUCUGCUAUUCGCCCCGAAGCUGAGAUCACAGGUCUGGAGGUUCCUCAGCUACGCCUUGCUCCACGCUGGAGUUCUCCACCUGCUGGGUAACAUAGUGGUUCAGAUCCUGAUCGGCGUGCCACUAGAAGUUGUGCACAAACCUUGGCGAAUUGCACCGCUUUACCUUAUGGCAGUGCUCUCAGGAUCCCUUCUGCAGUAUACUCUCGAUCCUAAGGUAUACAUGGUGGGUGCAUCGGCCGGAGUUUAUGCCCUUCUUACCGCUCAUCUUGCGAAUGUCGUUAUUAAUUGGACAGAGAUGCCAUACCGAUGGGUCCGACUGACGCUGAUCGUGGUCUUCCUCACGUUCGACAUUAGCAGUGCCAUCAUACGACGUUUUUGUGCCGAUGAAUGCGAUUCAGUAUCACAUUCAGCCCAUAUAGCUGGAGGAAUCACAGGAUUCUUCUUCGGAAUCCUCAUUCUCUACAAUGUCGUGGAACGUCGUUGGGAGAGGAUCAUGCAAUACAUCUGCAUGGUGCUGUACGUGGCGUUUCUUGUGUUCAUUCUUGCUCUAACUAUUUUCCAACGACCAGAAUCCGGUCCGAUAUGGGAUUCGGAGAAGUGCACCGGACAUAACUAG